AUGGUCACUGACAAACAAGUCGAAAUUAGGGCCGAGCGACGAGAUGAGGAUGGUGAUAUCUUGGUUGACUGGAAUGGAGAAGACGACGAAACUAUGCCCCUGAAUUGGUCAAUGACUCGAAAAUGCAUCAACAUAGGACUAGUCAGUUGGUUGACCUUCAUCGCGUCCAUCGCGUCAGCCAUGUGUGCCCUCGGGGUCCCGGAGAUGAUGGCCGAGUUCCAUAGUGACAGCAAGGUCCUUUCAUCAUUCAUCGUGUCCAUCUUCGUCUUUGGAUACGCAAUUGGUCCAAUCUUCUUCGCUCCGUUAUCUGAGCUCUAUGGGAGACUGCCCAUUUAUCACAGUUCGAAUAUUCUCUUCACUCUCUUCAGCAUCCUCAGCGCUGUGUCACCAAACUUGCCAACCCUCAUCAUCUUUCGCUUCCUCUCCGGCGCUUCGGGCGCAGCUCCACUUGCCAUUGGUGGCGGUACCAUAGCGGAUCUCAUCCGGCCGGAGCGGCGCGGCUUGGUGGUGAGCAUCUACUUCGUCGGUCCAAUCCUCGGACCAGCCCUUGGACCUGUUGCGGCAGGAUAUAUCUCGCAGGAUCUUGGCUGGCGGUGGAUUUUCUGGAUCACUGCAAUACCUUCUGGUGUUUUCACCUUGAUAUGUUUUCUAUGUUUGUAUGAAACAUAUCCUCCAAGACUACUUCAUCAGCGGACUGUGGCGCUCAGGAAAGCCCAUCCCGAAAGUUCUUUCGCAGCUUCUGGCGAAAAAUCUGCGUUGAGCCCCGGUGCCCUCUUGCUCAACGCACUAGUUCGGCCAGUCAAGAUGUUCUUCUUAAGCCCCAUUGUGCUCGUGCUCUCAGCAAUCCUGGCCUUGGCGUACGGGUAUAUGUACAUACUCUUAACGACCUUCACUUCAGUUUUCACGUCAGAGUACGGUUUCUCGUUAGGCACAGUCGGUUUAGUUUAUCUCGGACUAGGCGUGGGCUUCAGCGUGGGAGAUAUAUGCAACGCAAUUUUCAACGACCGUAUGGCCAAUAAGAGAACAGCACACAGUGAUGGACACCGUCAGCCUGAGUUUCGACUUCCUAUUAUGACCAGGUCGAUUCUGCUUACCCCGUUGGGUCUGUUCUUCUACGGCUGGACUGCCCAGUACAAAUUGCACUGGAUACUGCCCAUCAUUGGCACUGCGCUCCUCGGCGCUGGCUUGAUACUGAUAAUGAUGCCAUUGCACACAUACCUAAUUGACGCGUUCACGACCUAUGCCGCUUCUGCGAUUGCAGCAUCGACCAUCUUCCGCUGCAUUGUUGGAGCGUUCCUGCCACUCGCGGGCGAGUCAUUGUUCAAUCAGCUCGGACUCGGUUGGGGAAGUAGUCUAUUAGGUUUCAUCUCACUUUUGCUCUGCCCGGUGCCUUUGCUUUUGCAGAGAUAUGGCAAGGCAGCCAGGGAGAAGUUCACCGUAACUUUCUGA